AUGGGAUCCAAACGUAAGAAGGCUGAGAAGCAAAAGGAUUUCGUCAAGAAGAAGCUCAAGGUUGGUAAGACCGCGGCCAAGCCAGAUAAUCAUACCGAUACAUCGUUCACCGCUAGGGCCAUCUCACUUCCAAAUCAAUCAUUAAAUAGAAAGCAAGCCGUUGAAGGACUUGCAGAAGAAAAAAGAGAAGAAGUUGAUCUUUCCCAUCAUCUUGCCCUUGUUAAGCAUCACUCCGCAUCCACCCGUAAGGAGGUUCUUAUCUAUAUCGAACAACAUUUACCUUCCAACCCAUCGCUUUACAAACAAAUCAUCACUAGCAUCGUCCCACUCAUUGUGGACCAAUCUCAAAAUGUCCGUAAUGCCCUUGUGUCACUUUUAAAUGCAUGUGCCCGUGAAAAACCUGGUCUUUUAGACUUGCAUCUCAAAGCUAUUGUUCUUUUCAUCCAUUCUGCAAUGACCCAUAUCCAACCAGAUAUUAGAAAUUCAGCUUCAAAAUUCCUUGCUGUACUCAUUGAACAUUCUCCAGAUGCCUUAGUUCGUUCAUAUUUCAUCAAGACCAUGAAGGCAUAUUUCACUCUAUUGGCUUGGACUCUCACUGAUGAUAAGAAGUCUGUAUCAUUAGCAAUCACCACCAGUGCAUCCACUGGAGGAGCCACUAAAAAGGCAAGAAUUGGCCAUGUUGCCGUGUUCAAGAAAUUCCUUGAAGCUGCUCUUUUCGCUAAUGAAUCAGAUAAUGCCACACAAUUGAUUGACAUCACAAAUACUUCCCUUAUUCAUCCAUUAUCGGGAAAAUAUUUAAUCCCAACCGCCACCAGAGCGUAUUCUCCAUUGAAACUCUUUGUCAAGGAAAUGACCACUAAUAACAAUUCUUCCAGUACAUCCAGCGGUUCUGGAACUUCUGGAGCCAAUUCCGGCGUCGAUGAUGGUUCAUUCACCUUGGAUGAUCUUCCAUCGCUCAGUACAGAAGAUUUGAGUACCAGAAGAAAAGUAAUGAUUGACGUUUUCAGUAAACCUUCAGUUAAAAACUUGACAAAUUUCAUCAAAGAAGGAGGAGAAGUUGGAAGAGAAGCUCAUUCAUGUUUGGCAGUCAUCACCAAAUUGAAAUCUGAGGAAGUGGAAAAGGCUGCCACCGUUUAA